AUGACUCUGAUCUCCCUCACACCGCCCCCUUCGGAACCCCCUUCGCCAUGCAGGCUAUCCUUCCUUGAUUGGCUCAAUGAGGUAGACUCCACUUAUAAGGAAUCCAAUGUCUCCCAAGCCGAACACCAGGACGUGGAAGAUGCGUCUCAUAUGGGAGAUGUGCAAGGUGCAGAUACGGUUGCGAUGGCAUCUGCUGCUGAAGGACCGAAGACUGAUACUGUCGUCGACUUUGAGAAGUCAAGGGAUCUCGGAGAAGAUGUUAAGGAAGUGAAGAUGUUUCAGCUGGGUGAUGUCCAAGAGUCGAAGUCAUUCGGGAUGGCCACCGCCCUUCAAAAGUUCCAGUUUGGGACCACCGAUGUUCACAAGCCGGAUGUGAUGGACAAGUCUCUUGCCGAAGACCUUCGAGAGGUGAAAUCGGUCCGGAUGGCUUCGGAGACGGAGGCGAAGGCGAAGGAGUCUUCCCUAGGGGGAGACAUCAGGGAAACCAAGGUCACUGAGAGAGAGAUAACCUCUGCACUUCAGAAUCCGAAAUUCCUUACCACCUCCAACGUCGAGAGCUCCAAGGCAGAAGGCACAGCUCCUGCCGCAGAUGACCUCGAAGCAAAAACCCUCGGAAUGGCCUCCGCUCUUCAAAGGCUGAAGUUGGAUAUCGCCACCGAAGCCGAAGAGUCGAGGUUGCUCAAAGCCAAGAAACAGAAAGCUGAGAAGAUCAAAAUCGCCUUGUCGGACCAAGCUACUAGACUUGCGAUGCUCAUCCCCAUCAUCCACGGCAAGCCCCACGAGCACCUGCUCGGAGAGGUAUCACUGCCCAAGGGCAUUCCGAAAUGGGGAGAUAUCUACGAAGAAUGGCAUCUCGCCGAUUCCCUCAAGCCUAAGCGGAACCAUGUCGCUCUUUGCAAGGGCUGCUGCCAUGAUUGCGGUGGAUGCCGUUUCGAACGGACUGGAUAUCACAUGUCCGGUGUCUGUGCCAGGGUAGACUACUAUUGCUGGGUGGUUUGCGCCGAGGGCUAUGAGGGCAGGGAGCUUUCGAAGGAGAUGGAGGAGGAAUGGUUUGCGGCGCUGUUGAUGGAGAAGUUGGAGAUUGUGGAGAGCGAGACUGAGGGGUCUGAGGGGUCUGAGGAGAGUGGUGAGUCUGAGGAGGAGUCUGAGGAAGACUCUGAGGAGUAA